AUGGGGUCAAGAGGACACUGGGAAGGAAGGGACCAGGUGGAGCGAGCUUGGGCUAUAGUGGGUCGGAUCCUUUCGGAUUUGGAGUCGAGAGAGGGUGAUUUGUGGCCUGCCAAAAUGACGGAUCUGCCAGAGGAACCUGGUCAGAAGCCCAUCAUGGCGGUUCAGAAGCAAGUGUUUCAUGUGUGUGUCAUAAGUUGUGCCAUAUCCCCAUUAUGUCGCUACCGUCCUGCUAUGGCCAUUUUCAGGAAGGAAAGGAAAGAAACGUCGUUGAAAGAAUGCCAAAGGAAAGGAAAAUGCGAAAAACAUAAAAAGAGCAUACUUAUAGGUGGUGAGAGGUUGUGA